UGUGGAUGAAAAAUCAUUAUCAAAUGAUUAAUGUGGUGGCUUUCAGAGCAUGAUUUCACAAAUCGUUAUAGUUGUACAGUAAUUAAAUGCAUAAUCUAAAGUACACUAUGCAAGUUCCCUUCGAAAUAUUGAAUUGAUUAAGUUGCUGUUGCUUCAUAUACCAAACUGACUGAGAAGAAGCUCUUAUUGUGAAAACAGAGACACCGGAAGUUUACAUUCGUUGUGCAAGCACUGAAAUCACGAGUACGGAAGCAGUAACAAAUACCCCGGCAUUAUUUUGGUUAUUUUAUUUUUUUUUACAGCUGUGUGGGGUUCUGCAACGUCAACGACCACAAAUACACAACUUAUGAUGGCUUUGGAGGGAGGACCAUCCUUCCUCCUCUUCAUGAUUCUCCUUCUGUCAUGUCAGUGUGACUGUCGCCCUCAUUCUGCACCAGGCAAUUCAACAUCAGCUAUCAGAGCUGCAUCCAACCAUACUGCAGGAAAAGCCUCAGACAUAGCAGCAGAGGUAGCAGGCUAUGCCGAUGUGGCCAAACAGAUCAUUAACCUGGCUGUGUUCGGAGCUGCCCAGAACCGCUCCUACACUCGACUGGCUGACUUUACCGACACCAUUGGGAACCGUGUCAGCGGUUCUCUCAACCUGGACAUGGCUAUUAAAUACAUGUCCAGUGCCAUGACACAGGACGGGCUGGAUGUGCAUCUGGAGCCGGUCAAAAUCCCACACUGGGUAAGAGGGGAGGAGAGUGCAGAGAUGAUUCUGCCGAGAGCCAAGAAUCUGGCAAUACUGGGACUGGGCAGCAGUGUGGGAACACCUCCUGAAGGUGUCAAGGCAGAGGUUCUGGUGGUUAAGUCUUUUGAGGAACUGAAGCGUAGAGCCAGCGAGGCCACUGGGAAGAUAGUGGUUUUUAACCAGCCAUUCGUCAGCUACGGAGAGACAGUGGCUUACCGUGCUUUUGGCGCCUCUGAGGCGGCCAAAGUGGGAGCUGUGGCCACACUCAUUCGAUCUGUCACUCCAUUUUCUAUUAACAGUCCUCACACGGGUUGGCAGGACUACCAAGACGGAGUGAAGCGCAUCCCUACGGCCUGUAUCACUGUGGAGGAUGCUGAGCUGAUGUGGCGGAUGGCGCAGAGGGGCCAGAAGAUUUUAGUCAGACUCACAAUGGGAGCCAAGACUCUGCCGGACGCUGACUCCUUCAACACGGUGGCUGAGAUACGAGGGUGGCAGCACCCUGAGCAGGUCGUCUUACUGAGCGGCCAUUUGGACAGUUGGGAUGUGGGCCAGGGCGCCAUGGAUGAUGGAGGUGGAGCCAUGAUUUCCUGGGAGGCCUUGUCACUCAUCAAAGACCUAGGUUUGCGUCCAAGGAGAACUCUGAGAACGGUGUUGUGGAGCGCAGAGGAGCAGGGUGGAGUCGGAGCACAGCAGUACUUCGAUCUACACAAGGUGAACAUCUCCAACUUUGACCUGGUCAUGGAGUCUGAUUUGGGGACAUUCACCCCUGUGGGUCUGCAGUUUACUGGCAGCAAGGCUGCACAAAAGGUGAUGGAAGAAGUGGUGAAACUUUUGGCUCCCAUUAAUACAACCAAACUGGAGAGCAAUGGCGAAGGGACAGACAUCUCACCUUGGAUGCAGGCAGGAGUACCAGGUGCCAGCCUCCAUGUGGCAGACAGUCGAUACUUUUGGUUCCACCACAGCGAAGGCGACACCAUGAGCGUUCAGAACCCCCGAGACAUGGACCUCUGCUCGGCGCUGUGGGCCGUGGUCGCCUACGUGGUGGCGGACCUUGAGGACAUGCUGCCCAGGUAGCAGGUGAACGACAGCGUCGACUCCUAAACACCUGGUUGUUUUUUUUUUUUUUUUUUUAAAUUCUUUUAUUGACACUUUCAACGUGAAUGAAUCAACGAGAGAUUCACAAGAGACGAUAAAGAGAGAGACUGAGUCGUGUCUCUUUUAGACGUAUGUUGUAAUUAUUUUCACUUUGAAGCAAACCCAAGUAUACGACCACGGAGAGGGCGUUUUAACAGGUCAGUGAAAGCAACGCCGUAGACGCUCAUAUCGUAAUAUCAUUAGCCUUAGAAUGAAAAGGAGCAUAACAUGCUGCAGAACAAAUGAUAUUUGUUGGAUAUUUUUAAGGCCUGUGAAACUAUAAGAAAGUUUGAAGGAGGAAGAGGAGGAGGAGGAGGAGGAGUGUUUUCGUAUCAGUAAUGUUGGCCUACAGUCAACCAAAGCAAACAAACUAUAAUAAUGAGCUCAUAGAUAAGAAGAAGGUGUGUUGAAAGUGUGUGGUGCUGUCUCCUGUAUGACAUAUCAGCACUCCCAGUGCAUGAUCUCUACAGCUCCCAUGUUUCUGUCCAAUAUUUUAAAAACUUUACUUUCACUGAGAUGUUUUAAGAUUGUUGUUAAAUGAUUCCUGUCAUGACAUUUUGUUGGCGGGGGGUUUUAUUCUUUACGACGCCUUUUAAAUGAUGUUCUGUAGAAAAAAAAGUUUCCCAGUUA